AUGCCCACGCAGAACACCCACCCCUUGAAGUCCAUCCCUCUGCACCUGCCACCUGGGAUCCUGGACUCUCCGAGCCGCCAGCGGCGCCACACACUCCCCGCCAGCGAGUUCCGCUGCCUUACCCCAGAGGAUGCCCCCAGCGUGUUUGAGAUCGAGAGAGAAGCCUUCAUUUCCGUUUCUGGCACCUGCCCGCUGUACCUAGACGAGAUUCGGCACUUUCUGACGCUGUGUCCAGAGCUGUCUCUGGGGUGGUUCCAGGAGGGUCGCUUGGUGGCCUUCAUCAUCGGCUCGCUGUGGGACGAGGAGAGACUUACUCAGGAGUCGCUGACGCUGCACAGGCCUGGGGGCCACAUGGCCCACCUGCACGUGCUGGCGGUGCACCGCACCUUCCGGCAGCAGGGGAAGGGCUCCAUCCUGCUAGGGCGCUACCUGCAGCACCUAGGUGGCCAACCGGCCGUGCGCCGCGCCGUGCUCAUGUGCGAGGAUGUGCUGGUGCCCUUCUACGAGAAGUUCGGCUUCCAGGCAGUGGGCCCGUGCGCGGUCACAGUGGGCUCGCUGGCCUUCACCGAGCUCCAGUGUAACCUGCGGCGCCUCGCCUCCCUGCGCAGGAACAGCGGCUGCUGA